CCCUCACAAACCCGUUUAAAACUACAAUACUAUAUUUGUUUUGAAUAUACGGAUCAGUUAUGAAGAUCAACAAAAAUGAGUGUAUAAUAUUCUGUUGACUUUUAACACGUGUCAUCGACAUUUAAACUAAAAUAUUAGCUAAUUGGCGUGUAUCUAUAAACUAUAUUCCAUAUAAAUCGUUGUUAAACAUUUAUACGAAAUGGCGGGUACAUUAGAAGGAAGCAGUGAACAGCCUAUAGAUAUAUCCUCCAAAAAAAUAAAAGAAAUUGAUGACUUUUCUGAUGCAUUUGGCAUUGCAGAAAAUUUAGACGUCGACCUUGGUGGGCUUGACGAUUUGGAAGAUAUAAAAGAACGACUGAUGAUGGAAUUCCAGAAAUGUCAGCCUGGAUUUAUAAAUUAUAAAGAAAAGAUAUUUCGGGAAAUGAAAGAUUAUAAAAGAGAUGACAAUAACAAAAGAGGAAAACUUCAUGAGUUAUUAACCCAAACCAAAACUAAGUUCUCAAUAGAAGAUGCCAAUUCUUCCGAGGGAAUUUCUGUAAUAGAGAAGGCUCUCAAAACAGAAGGAUUUGUAAAAAAUCUUGGUGAUGAGUUCUGCAGUAGACAGGAAACCAUUAAGAAAGGAGAGUGUUGCAUCGUUGUUGCAGGUGAAACGUCAGCUGGAAAAUCUCUAUUCUUAAACCUGAUAUUGGGUGAACACAUACUGACGUCAAAACAUGGGUCUUGCACAAGUGUCAUCACACGAUUGUCAUAUGGCAAGACAAAACAUGCUAGAGUUAUUUAUCAUGACAAAGACAGACCAGAUGAUGUAUAUGAUAAUAUUGAUAAUGGCAAAAUCCAAGAACUAGUAUACGAAGAAAACCUAGACAAGAGGGAAAACACUUCUGAUAUAAAGGAAGUACAAAUAUUUCUUCCAGCUAAACUUUUAGAGAGUGGAAUAGUACUGAUAGAUACACCUGGUAUUGGAGAAAACGAUGAUAUGGACGUUGUGGUAGAAAAAUUUGUUGACGAAAAUCAAGUAACGGGAUUUAUUUACAUGAUAAAAUCUGAUAACGCUGGAGGAGUUGAUGAAGACAGGCUGGUUAAAUUGAUGAAGAUAAUUCUACAAAAGGAAAAGACAAAAGGAGAAAAGGGCACAUUUAGAUUUGAUCCUAGUUGUGCAAUGUUUAUUUGUAAUCAAUGGGAUUUAGUAAGUGAAAAAGACAAAGUGUAUGAACACAUAGUUGGCAGACUUCGUAAAAUUUGGCCUAACUUUGAUGAAGAGAAAGUAAAGACAAUUUCAUCAUUCAAGGCCAAAGCUGAAAUGGAGAUAGAUCAAGAUUAUAUAACAUCCGAUUUUCAAGAUGUAUUAGAUUUAUUGAGAAGUAUUUACAGUCAAGCUUUGAAUGAACGAGUAAAGGUCACUUACAAGUGGAUGAAAACUCUUUUACUUCGAUCAGUUCAUCACAUGAAAACAAUGGUAAAACAACUCAACUGUUCGGAUGAUAAAAUGAUAAACAAAAUGAGGGAAGCGAAUGAAAAUUUGGAAAAGCUGAAAAAUGAAUCAGUUGACGUCAUAACAUCUUUAAGAGAUAUGAUAAACAAACAGUCUUAUCACAUUUGUGGUUUAUUUCGAGAGUACCUUAAGCUCCCUGUGGUUCGAAUGGCUAUAACUCAGUGGAUAGAACAAGAACUUCCAAGCGAGUUCAUUCUAGAUCAGGAUGGACAGCCUACAGCAGUCAAGAAAGAAUGGAUGGAUCUGAAAACGGAAAUUGAUGGUUUAAUCAUUGAAAGGAUCGCUAUUGAACUUGACAAAUGGGAAGAAGAAAACGGUACCAUUGAUUCCCUUGAAUCCUUGGUUAUUUUCGAAAUUCAACAAAAGGUUUUGGGACUAACCAAUGAAGUGACAAAAGUAGAAACAGAACUGCAUUCGUCAACAGGGUCUAGAGAUUCAAUCGAAUCAAUUCCAAAACCCGCGUCUCGAAGAGAUAGCAGACGUGAAACUGUUUGUUCUACCUAUUUUGGCAAAAUGCAACUUGAAGAUAAUCAAUACUAUCUUAGUGUCCUUGCGAGAAAUAAGGUGUUCCAGCCGAUGAAGAAAGUAAUGCGAAUAUUUCCGGGUGCUAAUAAAUGGAAGGUUUACGCGAAUAGCAAAUGCGCAUAUGCAAAGGGUCGAUCUGAAAAACUUCUGAAAACAUUUACCGAGCCAUGCCGAAAAGAGGAAGACCCGCUGAAAAUUGUCAUUGACUGUUUUAUGGAAGGUGCCAAGCAAACAUUAGAUAAAUCCAUUCUUGAGAUUCCAAAUUUAAUCAAAUCAAACCAGGACAUUUUUAGUCACGUGUUAACUUGUAAACGUGAUGUUGCCAAAAAUCUUCGGGUAUAUGAGGAAAUGAUGAAAGAACUAGAAGUUCUCAAGCGCCUUCUAGCAGACUAUGGUGCGGGGUAUAUAUUUAUAGAAGAUUUUAAACCAAAUGAGUUACAGAUUAUUGAUCCUAAUGACGCAACAGGAAGGUCAACGACACCUUUCAAAAUAUCAGAAUUCUUGAUGAACAUGUCUAGUUCACAAACUAGCACGAUUCAACAAUGCCCUAGAGGGUUGUGGACUGCACACCAGAGAGGGCUACUAAAACGUGAAAAUAGCGAAGAAAAAGUUACCAUUAAAAUUUAUCUUCCUUCAUGCAACAUAGACAAAUGCUAUUCCGAAAUUGCAAAACUAAGAUUAUUAGAACAUAGUAAUGUUGCAGAAUUCUUAGGAAUACAAAAUUCAGAAUCGUAUUUCCCUGCAAUGGUAUACAACAAAUCACUGAGGACACUUCGACAUCAAUACGAGAAACAUUCUGGACAUUUAAACAUCUCCAACUUACUCCAGGAGGUUACAAUGGGGUUACAAUACCUUCAUAGACAUGGGAUGGUCCAUAUGGAACUCAAUAUGAAUACUGUUAUGUUGGAUUCAGCGGGAAACAUUCGUCUAACUGGUGGUUGCCUCCCUCGUAAAGCAGAUCUUCCAGGAAACCAAGAGCAACAUAUAAGUGGAGAUUUUGUCUAUUUGGCACCGGAAGUUUUGAGAGGAGAUCUGUACACCGCAAGUGCAGAUGCCUAUGCGUUUGGCCUUCUCAUGUUUGACAUGAUGUCGAAAACGCCGGCUUUUGACAGCCAAAGAAAAAUGUCACUGGAUCUGUUUAUUAAAAGAAUAAAUCCUAGAGAAAUGAUAAGACGCGAAGCUGAUUUGCCUGAUGAUGCAAUUGACAUUAUACUUCGGUGCUUAGAAAUAUCAGAGGAAUCAAGACCAACACUUUUAACUUUACAAGAACAAGUAAAGGUCCUCAAAACUGACCAACAUGCCAAAGAACCCAAGCAAUCCGAAGUAAAUUACCGGCGACAAAGAAAUGGAAGGGACUAGACAAAUGGAUUGUUUAUUUUACAUGUGGUUGGUUGAUUAAUUGUAUUUUCGAUUCGGUAUGCAUUUCGACUAUUUCUUUUAGGCAGUAACAUAGUUGUGAAUGCCUAUGUAUAGUACCGGGCUGUAAUUUAGACUCUUGUGAAGUGUUGUCUCGUUGGCAAUCAUACAACAUCUUCUUUUUAUAUAUCCAGGACAUACAAGAAGAUAUAAAAGUUAUUCAAUUAGAAUAAACUUGAAUAGUGAAUAGUGCAAAAAAACACAAUUCACCAUUCAUGAAUUUUGAAUAGUGAAAAGUGAAUAGUGAACGUACUUCAGCCCGGUAUGUAUAGGUAGAUAAUAUGGUGAAUGAUUGUUUCGCUUAUUUUUGUAGACAAUAUUUUUGUUUAAUUUACUUUUAUGAAAUAUAACGCUUGAAUCAAUUGUUUUGAAUAGGUUGGUAUGUUUACAUACAAUAUAGAUCUACCUAUGUUUUUGUUUCAUCUUUUUAAAAGUCAACAAAUCUGUUUAGAAUGUCUCUUUAUAGACACUUUUUGUGAUAUUUUUAUUCAAGAAACUGGAAUAGUUGAUAUGUCUGAUAAAGCAAAAGACGUCAAACUUUGGUUUAUUCAUGAGGUCCUCAUUUUGAAAAAUGCCAAAGAACUCAAACAAUCAGAGUAUAGGCAUGGUCAGAAAACGAGCACAGAAUAGAUAGUUAAUACUUUUGUACCUUUUAAAUUUAUUUGGACUGCUUAUUCCUGAUUGUAUUUGUAUAUAGAAUGAUUGUUAAAGUUGUUUCCUUUAGACCAGAUAGUCUCAUUAAUUUUGAUAUCAUUUAUUUAUAUCGUCUCAUUUUAAGGCUGUUACGGAGUAGGCAAUAUUUAUUUAUUUCGGUUGUUCUUUGUAUAGGCUAUGAGUUUAUAUUGCCUAUUUUAUCCAAUGUAGUAUCUUUUCUAUUAACAGAAAGUCAUGUGUCUAGUCUGGAAACUUAUUAUCUAAUUUACAUACUUAUGUUAUAUACAUUUGUUGUUUAGAGAUAUCUUCUAGGUAGCAACGAACGCUGUUUGGAAUUUGGAAGAAGGAAUUGCAAUCAUUUAUGUGAGCUUUUAUAAAUUGUUAAUUUGUAUAUAUAUAAAUUAGAUUAUCUUCAUAGAUUGAAGGAACAGAUUGAAAGUGUAUGAACUAUUUCUUUAGCUUUAUUUAUAUAAGUGCUUUUAAAAUAAAUUAAGAAAAUUAUGUAUUCAUCUACGUCAUCCUCAUUGUUGCUGUGUUUAACCUUAGAAGUAUUAUAAUAUUAUAAAACUUCCCUGGUUUAACAAUGUUAUUUUUCGAUUGUCCUCACAGUCAUUAUUUGUAUAGUCAUGUUUUGUAUGUUUUUACCUGUAGAUUAUUUUUUUGUGUGUUUUUGGUGUUAGGUGUUUGUAUAGUGAACCAUAUAUAUAUAGUUAUUUCCUUAGUAAACUUAUUCCAGUUGACGGGUUUGUUACGGUGCAAUACUACAUUUUUAUGUGUAUAUGAAUAAUGUAACUGUCUGAUUUUGUAUUAACAAAUUGUAUAUUUCUGUUGCAAUGUUCUACCUAUUUAAAGGUAAAAUAGAAUAACUCCAGAGGUA